AUGAUUGAAGGAAAUGGAGAAGUGACAAAUAAUAAUGCAAGCCUCGGUGAACUAAUUCCUUAUUCCAAUCAACUGGUGGUUUUAGAAAUCAGUGUACCAAGUAUUUGUUGCUUGCCAGAAGAAUUGAACUUCUGUAAUUCUGAUUUCAGAUUUAAUAUAAAUGGUAGAGACGAUGGGAGGUAUUUAUUUGAAAAUACUUUGGGACUCAAAAUGGAGGAUGCAAGUGAUCUUGGGGAACACCGAACAUUUCGUUCACUGUUGAAGAAAGCUGUAGUUUUGUGGUUGGAUAUUGCAAAAAAUUCAAAACAUAUAUGGUUUGAGAAAGAGCAAAAAAGAAUUUUACCAUGCAGCUUGAAGGAUCUAAAAUUUUCUAGAUGUGAAGAUUUAGAAUAUCUACUCGAAGGCACAUCGGAUGUUACUCCACCUAAUACCUUCCAUCUCUUGGAGUCACUAUCAUUAAAUAACUUACCAAGGCUCAUUGGAAUCUGUAAUUCCAUGGAUUCAGUUGAGGUUGAAAGAGGAGGUAGCACUACACCAACAACCGUCGCUCAUAAAUUAUUUUCAUCCAACACCAUUUUGUGGGUACCCAAGUUGGGAUCCCUUAAUGUAGAAGACUGUAGAUCACUAGAAGUGGUAUUUGAUCUGGAAGGACUAAAGGUUAAAGAGAACUGCAAGCCUAUCCUAGCAGUACUUUCUUAUCUACAUUUACUGAACUUGUCUAGGAUGUCACAUGUGUGGAAGAAUAUUCCACAAGGAUUUCAAGGCUUUCAAAACUUAAUAUCAAUUAAUAUCAAGAAGUGUCAUACACUGAGAAAUUUACUCCCUGCUUCUAUAGCAAAACUACUUGUGCAACUACAGGAGGUUAUAAUAUGGGAAUGCAACUUGAUGGAAAUUAUUAUUCAGAGGGAGUACGAAGCUAGAGAAGAAAGGAGAGUAGAUAUUUUGAGUAGUGAAGCCCAUUCUCUUAAGUGGCCAUCCAUAAAGAAUAUCGAAUUGUCCAAAUGUCCAAACUUAAAAACAUUUGGUUCAGAAGUUAAAAGUAGAAGAAAGGAAAGAAAGAUGGAUGCAGAAUUGGAUCCAAGAGCCCAAGAGCCUAGUGCCGCCUCCUCCUCAGCAAGAGAAUCUUCAAGAUGUUUUAACCGAUGCAUGGAGUCUUGUGUACCACGUCACAAGAAUUAUAGUCCAGCCCAACGAAAUAGCAGAUCCUCUUUAGGAGAGAAUAAACACGACUUAAUUAACAAAAAGAUUACAUUGACAAAGCAAGGGGAGGAAAAUGUGAAUGAGACUAAAAAUCAAACAAAGAUGUUGUCUCUGUUUCCACACAACUUGAUUGAAAGUUUGGAAAAUCUACAAAAACUGAUUGCAUAUCAAUGUGAUUCAUUGGAAGUGAUAUUUGAACUUGAGGGACUAAAUGCUGAAGAAAGCAAUAGCUUCAACAAUUUGACAAAGUUGUCGUUAAGAUAUUUAUCAAAGUUGUUGCAUAUAUGGAAGAAAGGCCCACGAGAUAUUAAGGGAUUCAAUUACUUGAGAUGGCUACAAGUAUGGAAAUGUAAUAGUUUGAAAUGUUUAUUCACACCAUCCAUAGCAAAACUUCUUGUGAAAUUAGAGGAAAUAGAAGUACAUGGCUGCAAUGAAAUGGAAGCAGUCCUUGCAAAAGAAUCAGGAGAUGAAGAGAAUAGAGAUGUGAUUGUAUUUCCUCUAGUGAAGACCCUCGAGCUCAUGAAUUUACAAAAGUUGGAAUGUUUUUACACCGAAGAUAAUCAUGCUUUUGAAUGGCCAUCUCUGGAUGAAAUAACAAUAGAUGGAUGUCCUGAAUUAAAAAUGUUUGCUUCGACAAGUGCAAAAACACCUAAGCUAAAGGGAGUGUAUACGUUGCCCGAACCUCCUCCACUACUGAAUGAAAGAGAUUUUCAACCAAUGAUAGGAGACCUCAAUGCCACCAUACAACACAUUAUCAAGGGAAAGGGGUUCAAUUAUUCAUAUCUUGAACUGGCUACAGCAACAGUUUCUACAUUUCGUCCUAGAUCUCAAAUUAAGAACAUGUCUCCAUGGGCACAAGAAGGCCGGUCCUCUUCUGAACAUUUUGUGUAA